CGACUCAAGUGGUAUGCACAGCGCGUGCGAUCUCUUCACUACGACAGAAGCGGACUGGACCGGUCUGUUUUCGAAUUACUGCAAGAAUAUUGCGGGGAAGGGGCCGUAUUUCCCAAUCUGCAGGAGUUUUAUUGGCAGCAAACUUCGUCAUGUCUGCACCCCGAACUUUCUGUGUUUAUGUCUUCGUCACUCCAUACAUUCUCCUUUGCGACGCCUUUGUCCAAUGGAGGUCUCGCUUGGAUCAUGCCAUCCUCCAACACCCAGGACAGCGAAGCUUUAAUGGAAAUUCUUCAUCGAAGAGCGCCAUGCCUGCGACGACUUUUAUGCUCAAACAUCAUUAUCUCGCCCGCAGCGGUUGAUAUUUGCGCGAAUUUCACCGCUCUGCGAAGCCUCCGUCUGUCAACCAUCGUAACGCCCUCGAAUUUCACCUAUUCCCCAUCUCUUAUUCCUUCGACAGCGAAGCUCGACAGCCUCGAUAUCGAUGUGAGUCUACUGCCAGAAGAUUUUCAAGAUCCAGAAACGUCAGCUAGUCACCCCGUUGAAUUGCCUUCCUUGACGUCUCUGUCUUUGCAUGGGUCCUUGAAAAGAAUCCAGGCGGUCCUUCGCCGAUUGACAGCUCCCCAAGUGCAUUCCGUAGGAAUCUUCGAGCAAAGGUUUCACAGUGACCACUAUCAUAUGGUUCCAGAGAUUACACCAUGUAUCGAAACCGUUGUAUGCCGAUUCAAACGGUUACAACGGUUUCGGUUUGUCGCUCUUGGUGGGAUCCAAACUCAGUUGGGACCCGUCGCCCGUAUCCUGGAGCCCUUGUUGCGAGUACGAGGCUUGCUUGAAUGCCGUGUCUACUUGUUCAGGAAGAAUAUGUGGAGUAUGGAUGAUGAGGAUCUGCUCAAGAUGUGUAAGGCUUGGCCGCAAUUACAUGUUCUGCACCUGGAAGGCUGGCCAUCUUUCGACCCGUGGCGUCGGGGACUCAUCCUGAAAAGUCUUUCAAUAGUUGCUAGGUCUUGCCGGCAACUGACCAGUCUUCGUAUACCCGUGGAUGGCGGAGACAUAGUUCACGUUGACGACGUGAUUCCUCAGACGAAGUUGAGGACUUUCGCCGUCUCCUUUCCAGAAGAAGUAUAUAGCGACAUAUUGGCACUAGCCAGCUAUAUCAACCGGCUCUUCCCAAGUCUCGACCUCAAAUCAAGCCAACAGCUCCUUCAGAUGUCUAACGAAGCAGAUUCGAGGAAGCUCCUUUACAAGAGACUAUUCACAGUCUUGGCAAUGUUGCAGAUGACGGGGGAGGAAACAUCGGAAAUGACGAACUCCGUUGAAGAUUUCAUUCUGAAUACUGUCUGAUUUGAAAAUAUCAGGGUGGGUAUCAGGGCGGACACAUGGGUUGAAGAAGUACGAGUGAAUACAUGUGGGGAUUAGACGGGUAUAUGUAGUGAAGAGCGAUUAUAAAUACAGCUUGAGUGCGAAGAUC